AUGGAAGAUGCUAACGACAUUAUAAAAGAAAUAAUUUACAGAUCAGCUGAUGAAUGCAAUAACAACAAUGAAGAAUUAAAUUUCCCAUGUAUUUUGAAAUAUUUCUACAAUGUUACAAAUAAGUAUAACAUUACGAAACAGUGUUCAGAAGAAAUUUUUAACAAGUUAGUAAUUAUUUGUAAAAAUAUAAUUGAAGACAAAGUCACUUAUCAGUAUCCCAAAAAAAAUAUUAAUGGAGGAGGAGGAAACCAGGAGGAGAAAAACAUUACAAGUAUCGUCAGCAUGAAAAAUGCUUUUACCAAUUCUGAUAGUAUGUACCAUUACAAAGAUUAUCCUUUUUUCUCACCUGGAGGUGAAAUGGAAGAGGGAAUAGAUCUCAGCAUUGCGUGUCAUGAAAAUAAAACAACUAAAGGAGUUCAUGUGUGUCAACUGAAGCAUCCAUGUGGACACUACACAUAUGAUGAUGAUGAUGUUGGAAUCCCAUAUGCUCAUCACAUAUCUUAUCACUCUAUGAACUCGUGCAAGAUGGGAGGAGUACAUGGACGGAAUGAUAAAAAAAUGACAAAUCUCGUAAAAAAAGGAAUCAUAAACCAGGAUGAAGAUAUUAUAUACAAUUUUAUCCCUGCGAACAAAAUAAAUAUAAUGACGAUGUCGCAAAAAAUGGGAGAAACAAAGAAUAAGAUCAAGAGCCUCUUAAAUGUGAAUCAAAUGGAAUGUAACAGUCUAGUGAUAGAUGAAAAAUCUUUCAUGCAUAAAAAUAACAGGAAUUUAUUGAAAAUAUAUCUAAAUGGAGAUUUAAUAUGUAAUGUUUAUCGUAAACUUUGUAAACAAAGGAGAUGGAAGAAUCCCAAUGCAAAUAAUAUCACGAAUGUGAAGAAUAAAAUGAAAUUGUAUAACGAAAGUAAUGUCUUUUACACAUUUUACACGUUAAAAACAUUUUUCAAUUUGUGGCUUUUCUACUUGAAGAAAAAAAGAGAAUUGCGAAAGAACGCUGAGAAGUAUAAUAAAAUAUUUAACACAAAACUGUUGACAAAAUACUACGAUGAGUGGCUCUAUCGAUACGAGAAAAAAAUGUACAUGAAUAGUGUUUCUACUAAAUUGUUUCAUAAGAGGAAGAAGAACCUUUUAAGAAAACAUUUCAACAUGUGGAUAUGUAAAUAUAAAAAAAAAAAAAAAAAAAAUUUCAUUUACUCUGUGCAUAUACUUAGUGAAUGGAGAACUUACACACAAAGGGUAAAAAUGUUACAAAGGGCAAAAAACAUAGUAGAGAAAAAAAAAAAAAAAAAAUUUUUUGCCAUUUGGAGACAAAAAUAUCAAAUAAAAUUAUUGAAAAAAGAAAAAAACAAACAAAUUGAAAAUGUUUAUAAUAAAAAUUUGUUAAUAAAAUGUUACGUCCAUUUUGUUCUAUAUUAUAAGAAGAGAAAGAAGGAGAGAAAUUCCUAUACCCUAAUUAGCAACUACACUAAUUUUAUAUUGUAUCAAAAAUAUUUUAACAUGUUCUUGAAUCGGUACCAGGAAGAAGUACACUUCAAGCAAUACUAUAAUCAGUACAUACAGAAAAUAAAAAUACUUCACCUGAAGAAGUAUUUUACAAUUUUAAAAAGACACAUCAGAAAGAUGAAGAAUCUGAGGAGAACAUAUAAUUUAAAAGCAGAACAGAAUGCAACCAGUCUUUUAAAUGAAUAUUUCAUCACAUGGAUGAAUACACAUAUUGAAAGUAAAAAAAUUACAUUUAUGUUGACAAAACAUGAUGAAAAAAGGUCAUAUUAUUUAUUAAAAAAAUUCUUCACAAUUUUAAAAAGACACAAGAAUAAAUCCUUCAAUUUGAAGAAGAAAUUUUUAUUUCUUUACGAAAAGAAAAACAGAAAUGAAAUGGCCAAAAUAUUUGAUCAGUGGAAAAACUACUAUUCAAUCAAUGCAACACACUACAUAUUGUUGUACAACAAAUAUAAAUAUAAACUGUUGAUACGACAUUUUCAGUUCUUGCACAAGUAUAAAAAUCAUAGGAAAAAGCGAAAGCUUGUCAACAAUCAGAUACAAAAGUAUUUUAUUGAUAAGGUCAAGAAAAACACUUUUACAAAAUGGAAAUAUUAUAUAUAUCAGUACAAAAAGGAUCUCCUUCACUAUUACCAUUUCAACGAUGAAGGGAAUUUCUUUUCUUUAUUUAUGUUCAAACUUUUGCUCAAGUAUCAAUUCCUUUCAACAAAAACAAAUGGAAAAACACUCCUUGAUAUUGUGAACUUUUCAAACAUAAAUAUAAACAUGAAAACCUUCAUCUAUAUACAUAAGAAGUACUUUCUAGGGAAAAACCUACUUCCGAAUGUCAGCAUUUUUUAUGAAAAUGUCAUGUUCAUCUACAGAUCUUUGAAUAUUAUCUUCUCCCUCAUCCCUAUACCCUUCGUCGUCAAUUUGCGUAAGUUACGCUAUAAUCUACCAUAUCUCUCCUUCUCACUCAAAAUGGCAAUUUACAAGUGUGUAUUCAGCACCUGGAAGGAGGAAUGCAAAAAAAUGAAAGUGCUUAAAGCUGAGUCCAAAAGGAUAUUACAAAAAAUUUACCUUUCACACCUACGAGAAUUAACGAGGAAGAAGAAAAUGCUGGAGGAAACAAAGAAACGUUACAACCAAGAUAGAAGAAUGAAAAUAAAAAGUAAAAUUUUUUCUACUUGGUUUUCUUUACGAAUGAAAUAUUUCAUGUUUAGAAAAAAAUUUCAAAUAUAUGGUUGUAAAAAUCGGGAAAAAAAAAUGAGAAAAAUUUUACAAAGUUGGUUAUAUAUAAGUCGAUUAAAAAGCGAAAAAAAGAAAAAAAUAUUGCAAUUUUUUAAAUCAUUGUUAAUGAAAAAGAAAAAAUUAUAUUUUUACAUUCUUCUCAAAUAUGUAAACAAAAAGAGGAAAAAAAAAAUUAAAGAAAAAAUAGCAAAGUUAUAUUGUAUAAAAAAGUAUAAGAAGAGAGCCUUCAAAGCAUUGUUCAUUUAUUCCAAGAAUAUUCUUUAUUUAAACACACUAAACAAAAUUUCCGAGUCUUAUUUAAAAAGAAUGUGCAUACAAAAAUGGAAAAAUUUAAUGAGACAGUUUUUGGACAGACGUCAAGGAGUACAAAAUCUGCUUAACCACUUCAACUCGAAAGUGAUGAAGCGCUUUUUAAUCUCUUUCUUUGUCUACGUUCGUCUCAGACAAAUCAAAAGGAGAAAGAUCGCCCACUUGAAGCACGUCCAAGCAAAGAUUCUGGCCCAAAAAUACAUGAACGCAUGGAGCACCUACAUAAGAAUUCGAAAGAGCAAAACGGAUUUUCUUAAAAGCAUGACAAGUCUUUUCAGCAGGAAGAAGAAAAUAAAAAUUUUGAGUAAAUGGUAUACAGUAUUCAUAAUGAACAUUCGGUUCAAGGAAACAGAAAAAAUCAUUUCUACAAAAAUGUGUAUUCUCUAUUUUUCUAAACUUUUCUUGUAUAAGGAGAAGAUGAAAAGGAUCGAACUUUUUCUAAAAAAUAGAAUGAACGUGAUAAACUGUCUGAGGAUAUUGAAAGAAUGGAAGAAAUUCUGCACACUUGAGAAAAAAGAAAAAGAAAUAAAUAAUAAAAGAUUUUUAUCAAUAAAAAAGAAAUAUUUUAAAAUGUGGAAGAACAAGUACGAAAAAGUAAGAAAGAGAAAAAAUGAGCAAGCUAAAAUACAAUACUUUAGGCAAAUAAAAAAUAUGAACAUAUUAAGAAAUAUUAACAAUGAAUGGAAGAAUAAAUGUGUGGAAUCUAAAAAUAUAAAACUACUUAUUCAUGCAAUGAAUAAGUACUUUGUGAAAAAAUGGAAGUGUAAAACAUUUAUUGCAAUAUACAAAAACAGUAACCAUUAUUGCAAUAUACAAAUGACACUUAAUAAUUUUUUAGUAGAGAAAAGAUGUAAAUUAAAAAGAAAAAUAUUCUACAUAUUCAAACGUAAUAAAACUAAUCGAGUCAAAAAUAAAAAGGCCACACUCUUUUUUUUUUCAAACAUGAAAACAAAAGCUUUCUCCGCUUUACAAUUCUAUCGAGAAAGACAAAUUAAAUACAGAACUAGUUCCAAGUUAGUUAUAAUUAACAGAAAAAAAAAGUAUUUCUAUGCCAUAUUCCAUUUCUUCAACUUCAUCAAAAGAGCGAAAUUGAGUUUCUAUGAAAUUCGUAUAAAUGGAGAAAAUAACAUGAAACGUCGUUUCUUCACACUUUGGAGCUCCUUCCUAAUGAAGAAAAAAAGGGAAAGAAAGACAUUCCUUAUGAUACAAAGACAUAGAGAAAAUAAAAUUAAAGGAAAAAUAUUUUUUCACAUUAAGAGGAAUUUAAAUAAAAAGAAGUAUUUAAUCCUUCUGUUUGACAGGAUCGAUAAGUUGAUCAAAGUGAAGAUGUCCCAUUUAGGAGUUUACAAAAUUAGGAUGAACAGUAGAUGCGCUAUCAUACGCGAGAAAAUCCUGGCCAGACUGGAAAAGGGCAGAGAAGAGAAAACGGUGAGAAAGGCAUUUAAAGCGUUGAAAUGUAGACUAAAGAAAAGUAAAAAAAGGAAAGUGGAAAAGGAAGUAAUUAGGUGUUUUCACUCCAAUCUAAUGAAGAAAAAAUACUUCCGUUUUCUUUUGACUCAUUUCAAUGAGUGUGCCAUGAGAAGGAAGGAAAAUGAACAAAAAUUGAAUGAGAAUUAUAUUGCACAUUUUCGAAGAACACAUUUUCUUUUAUGGCAUAAGCAUGUGAAAAGAAAAAAAAGGCAUAAACAGAUUUACAAUUUAGUAAUAUUAAAAAAGAAAGCUCGUGUAUUUCUCGUGCUUUUAUAUACUAGGGCUCAAAAUUGCUACCGUAAAAUUAUGAUAGUGAAAAUGAUUUAUUCUUUGAUUUAUCCAGAUGACUAUAGAAUUCCCUCAUUUUAUGAUAUAAUUUAUUGGGAAGGACGACCCUUUGGAGAUCAACAGGAAAGAGAACAUUACAAUGAUUACAAUUGCACAUAUGAAGAAUCUCUUUUCUCCUUUAAUCAAAACCACAACGAAGGGAUGGAAGACAUGUGCUCCUUCUCCCGGCACCAUAAUUGCAAAAGUGGAAAUAUCAUAUUUGAUCAUGAUAAGGAAACACAUAUACACUAUAGCAUGACAGAAAUAUAUGAAAAAAUGCAUACACUGAUUACACUAAAUAGAAUACAUAUUCAAAUGUCAUUUAAGAAUAAAAAGAAUCGAUGGAUGAGGGAAAAAUAUUUCAAAGGAAAAAACAUCCAUUUUAACAAGUAUAUAAAAAUAUGCUAUGAUUUAAAAAAUUGCAGCAUGAACAGAUUAAUUCUAAUGUAUCUCUUAAUGUACGAUUCUUACGAUAUGCAUACAUUUUUUAUACAUUUUAAAAAAAAGUUUAAGUUUUUAUACAACUUUUUUUUCAAUUUCUUGUCAAUUAAAACGAAGAAACUGCUGAUGAAAGUUUUUAAGAAAAAUCAGAGCUUCUAUUUUACAAAAUUAAUUAAUAUGAAGGAUGAAGAUGUUAUUAGUAACUUAAAGAUCCUCCUACUGAUUUAUUAUCUUAUAGGGACUUCUUACCUUGCAAUGGAAGAGAAAAAUGGAAAAAAUUCUUAUGGGAAGAAGAGUUCCCUUCAACACAGUUCCUAUGGAAAUAAUGUGCUUACGAUAUGUUCUAUGAUAAGUGCAUUCAACUCAAAAUCAAAAGUAAGUGGAAGUUAUUCUCUCAAGAAGUAUGGAAAAAUCAGUACAAAUGUUAACAAUAAACGGAGUCAUCUAUUCACAAACGAGGACGAAUUGACCGAAUCAAGAGAAACUAAAGAAGAGGCAACAAGUAGAGAAACAGGGAGAGGCUCGAAAUUUUCUAUCACCAGCAGUAGUGAAUUGGAUAUACCUUUGUCUUCAUCUCAGAAAUCGUUAUGUGAAUUUUUAUCUCAGUUUGAAAAUAGCUCUUCUAGCAGUGUGACAUGUACAUCAUCCAUAAGACACAUAGGUAUGAAAAAUAGCACAAUCGAAAGAACCCUUUCUAAUCGACAGAUGGAAAUGCAAAUGGGAUCAAUAAGUAAAGCAAGCAUUAGAAUGGUGAAAAAGAACAGGACGAACACGAUAGGUAUGGCAACGGUGACACGCAGGAUGAGCUUGAAAAAGAUAAGAAGUGAUGAUUUGGAAAAAAAUAUAAUGGAAUUUUUUAAGAAAUUAAAAAGUGGCAUAUCGAACAGAUUUCGAGGGGGAACCCUUAAUAUACAUUUCUCCUUCAUGUGCUGCAUAAGCAGAAACAAAUUAAUUCAAGUGCAUUUAUUUUUUAAAAAGUUAAAGAGGAGUACUAUAUGGUGGAAGAGGUACAGCAUGGUGAAGAAGAUAAAUAAAAAAGAAGACAAGGAAAAAGUAGACAUUCUGGAGGGCAAGAAAAAAGGAGAACUUUUGGAAAAGUACUUUGGGAUAUGGAUAUUAUCAUUCAACACGAAAGUGAAAGAAAUAAAAAAUAAGAGAAAACAAAUUUUAAAGAAACAUAUUCAUUUAUUAUUUUCAUACUGGUAUAAACUUAUCAAAGUGGAAAAUUAUGAUAAGGAAAAAUUUUAUCGUCUGAAAGAACAGACAGAGUUCAGGAUCAAAAGAAAUUAUUUAAAAAACUUUUCCUCAAUAUAUGCUUAUAAGAAAAAAGAAAAAAAAAGUUUUUCCAUUAUAAUGAAACACAGUAAUGAAAAAAGGAAGAGAACGUUUUUUUAUGUAUGGCUAUUGCUUUAUCAGUAUGCAAAAAAGGGAUAUAUUGUAAAAGAAUUUGUACAAAAAAGACUUUUAAAAUUCCACUUUGAAAAUUGGGUGGGCUUGUACGCAAAGAAGCAGAUUUAUAUAUUUUUCAUUCAAAUAAUAAAUGAGAAUUUUUUAAAAAAGGUGUUCAUUCAUACGAUUCAAAAAAUUAAAUAUUUUAACUUUAUUAAAAGGAGAAUUUGCAUUACACAAAAAAAAUAUUUUUUGAUUCACUACAACCUUGUUAAGAGGAAUAAAAUUAUCAAGAAAUUGCAGUUGCAUAUAUAUUGUUCCUUUCGAUUCAACCAAAUGAAAAAUUUAUUCUUCUAUUGGAAUGGGAAAUAUAAAAAGAGAAAAAAGUGUACACAAAAUUAUAACAGUAUUUUAGAAAGGAGAAAAUGCUUGCUUUUCCAUAGAUGGGUAAAAUACUUCAUCCAAAAUGUCAAAAUGUAUGAAGAAAAAAAGAAAAAAUUGGAUUCCUUUUUUUUAAAAAGGUUCUUUCAAAAAUGGAUUCAAUAUCAUCAUUAUAAAAAGACAAAAAAAAUAAGAAAAAAAAUUUUAUUACAAUUUUAUUUUCAACACUUAAGGAGGAAAUGCAGAAUGAGCGUCGCUCUAAAGGAGCAUAUUCGAAACGCACAAACCGUUUUGAAGCAAAAAAUAUUUGCCAUCUUAAAAGGAUAUAAGAAUUACAGAACCAAUAAUAAACGUAUUCAGUUGUAUUGCAUGGAGUAUAGGAAUAAGCUCCUUUUAGAAAAAUGCUUUACCAAAUGGAUAACACAUUAUGCAAAAUGUAGGAAGGUGAAAAAAUUUUCCAAUCACUUAACGGUUGUGAGGCAUAAACAGAUAAUUCAUGUAACCUUGAACGGCUGGCUACUGCAAGCUAAGAGACGAAAAAAAUUGAAAACAAUAUAUAACAUAAUUAAAGUAAAAAAAAAUAAACAGGUACAGAAAAUAUUCCAUAAAUGGAAAUGUCUAUACCAUUUUGCUACCCGUAGAAGAAACGAAAUUGUAAAAAAUCAUUUUUACACAUGGGUUUACAAUUUCAAGUUUUGCAUAUUCAUAACAAGGUUAAAUAGAUAUAUAUUUAACAUAUACACAAAGCAUAUUUUCUCAUUUUAUUACAUUUUGAAAAAAAAAAAUGAAAAAUAUAUGAACCUUGCUAAGGGACAUUUCCCAUUUGUAAGGAAACAAAUAAGAGAGUUACUUCAACAUAGAACAAUUAUCAUGUCUAAUGGAUUUACAGCAUUGAAGAAAUAUAAAGAUAUGUGCAAAAUUUUGAAAAUUAAUUUGGUCACUUACGAACAAAGGAUGAUUCUCAAGUUAAAGAAACGUCAUUUUUUUCUUCUUCUAAAUUAUAAAAAUAAAAAUAAAAAUAAAAUUAAUCUACAAAAUUUAUUUCUCAAAUAUACCAUAGAGAGAAAAUUUCACUUAUGCAAAAAAUUCUUUUUCAUCCUUACGAACUUAUAUUUUUACAAUAAUCAUUUGCGAUUGUGUGAAAGGACUAUUCAAUGUCGAAGGGAGAGAAGAAUACUUCGAAGCUCUUUAAAUCAAUGGGCAAGUUACAAAAAUUAUUGUAAAGAAAAUGAGUACCUUGAAAAUUUAUGCAAUGACUUCUUAACAUACAGGAGAAAAUCAGAAUUUUUAAUUUCCUUGAAACAGUUUUAUGUAGAAAAUAAAUGGAAAAACUACUGCGAAUAUAAUUCAUUAAUUUUUUAUAAAAAUAUGCAGCAAAAAAUGCUCCUUCAAUUGAUAUCAUAUUGGUAUAGUAAGUCCCUACGCUUCCGAGAAAUGGUUAAGAAAAGGGAUGAAUUAAGAGAGAAAUUCAAUCGUAAUAUUGUGAAAAAAUAUUUCUUUGUUCUCAUAUUUUCCAUAAAUAAAAUAAAAAUAGAAAAAAAAAAUUAUGACAUUGUUCGAUUCAAAAAGGAAAAAAUAAUUAAACAAAAUAUCUUCAACUUCAUGCAUCACAUCACCAACCAGUACAACCAAAAUUUACAACAUAUACUUAAAAUAUUUCAAGAAAAAAGAAACUUACUCUUGGUUAAAAAAUUUGCUUCACCAUUCUUACGAUUCCUCCUCAAAAAAAUAAAUUUACGAAAAACACUGUCUACACGACAACAGAGAAACGACACAACUGUUCUUAAGAAGUAUUUUUAUUCCUUCAUUUUUAAGUAUGUAACGAAUGUUAAUCACUAUAAAUAUUACUACUAUAACAAGUAUUUGUCCCUUUGGAAAUAUUAUGUAGUCAUGAGCAACAAAGCUAGUCAAGAGUUCCCUCAGCAGGACGAGGAAGAGGGAGAUUCCACAUAUAUGGAUGGGGAAAAACACUUGCAAGAAAAGCUGUCAGGAAGUGAGAACAGAAGUUCCUCUACUGAUGAAAGCAGCUUGAUGGGGAAGAAGUCCUUCGAAGAGAAAUCCUACGGAGAGAAAUCCUAUGGAGAAAAAUCCUAUGGAGAGAAGUUAGGGAAGAAAAAACCGAACCACAGUCCGCUAGAGGAUAGUCUAUCAGAAAACUCAUCCGAAUAUACACGGAUAUCCAGACGUGGUUUGCACAGGAAUGAUUUAAAGUGGGGAAAGGGAGAGGAAGACGAACAUGCCAUCAUGGAUUUCAUUAACAGUUCUAUCGACUCCUCAGAAACGAAGGAAGAUAGCGAUAUUUCGUACUUUGCCCCCUUUGGAGAAAUAAAAUUAUGA